AUGGAUGGAGCCAACAUGAACGCCCAGGUAGGUUUAACAAGCCCGGGUUGGAUCGGAGCUGAUGUUUGCCAUCUCAAUCUCCACAAAACCUUCUGCAUUCCACAUGGAGGAGGUGGCCCUGGCAUGGGCCCUAUUGGUGUCAAGAAGCACCUUGCACCAUUUUUGCCUUCACAUCCUGUGGUACCUACUGGAGGCAUACCUGCUCCUGACAAUGCUCAGCCUCUUGGUACAAUAGCUGCUGCACCAUGGGGGUCUGCUCUCAUUCUCCCUAUAUCUUACACUUACAUAGCCAUGAUGGGAUCCCAGGGGCUAACCGACGCAUCGAAGAUCGCCAUUCUGAAUGCAAAUUACAUGGCUAAACGUUUAGAGGAACAUUACCCUGUUCUCUUCCGUGGUGUCAACGGAACGGUUGCCCAUGAAUUCAUCAUCGACUUGAGAGGCUUCAAG